AUGUCUAAGGACCACCUCACAGCCAAACUAUAUCUCAUAAAUUUAGCACAUGACCACCUUGUAUUCUUGCACCGUAUGGCUCAAACCAGACCAGCCAUGGAUUGGUUCUCCUGGCUAUCAAGAAGUGGCCUUGAGCCCUCACUGGUCUACCAAUACAGCCUUGCCUUCGCCAGAAAUCAGCUCCAACAAGAAGAUUUAGCCCACUUCAACCAUGAGUUUCUGCAAAGCAUGGGCAUUUCAAUAGCUAAACACAGGCUUGAAAUACUCAAGCUUGCUAGGAAAGAAGCCGGACCAGGCGGCACCACUGCUCUUUCCAAGUUCAUAUUUGCAGUCAACGAAACUAAAAAGAACCUUAAGAAGUGCAUUUGCAGGUUUGUUUUCCAUGAAGAUCCAGUGUUAAAGGUCCUCCCAGAACCGCCGCCUAGGAGAGGAGCCUUGACAAGAAAGUACAAGAGUGACAAUGAUGUCCGGAUAGACAAGCCUCCAGUGGUCAGGACCAGGAGACAAGCGAAGUCAGGUCCUUUGGAUGGAAGAGUACCAGGGAGUUUCAUGGUACACCAUAGAAACAUAAACCUAUCAGGGCCGUUGGAUGGAAGAGUGCCUGAGAAUUUGAUGCCUAUUAUGCCUAAAAGCUUAAAACUUUCUGGACCGUUGGAUGGGAAAGUGAAUGACAGAUUAGCGUUUGCUUAUAGGAGCAAACAGAAGCAAACAGGAACAGCUAGGCUGUCGGACGAUAGCAAGCAGGGCAGAGUGAGAAAUGAUGAUUUUGAUGAACAGUCACUUUGGGCUCAACUUUUUCAGGAUAUGAAACCCACUUGA